GUGUCAGAGCGGAAGUCGUCAGUCGCCCCUCUCUCCGAACCGAGCCGCAGACGGAACGGUUCCUGAUGGCGGACGAGAAGACGCGCCGCACAGUGGCGCAGAUCCCUCUGCUGAAGACAAACGCGGGCCCGCGGGAGCGCGCGCUGUGGCCGCAGAGGCUGAAGGAGGAGUACCUGGUGCUGAUCCGGUUCGUGGAACAGAACAAGGAGGCCGACAACGACUGGUUCCGUCUCGAGUCCAAUGCCGACGGGACCCGUUGGACAGGAACCUGCUGGUACAUUCACGAACUGCUGCGCUACGAGUUCCGGUUGGAGUUCGACAUCCCGGUGACGUACCCGAACACCGCGCCCGAGGUGACGUUACCGGAACUGGACGGGAAGACAGCCAAGAUGUACCGUGGAGGCAAGAUCUGCCUGACAGAACACUUCGCCCCGCUGUGGGCCAGGAAUGCGCCUCGUUUUGGACUGGCUCACCUGAUGGCUCUGGGCCUCGGACCUUGGCUCGCAGUGGAAGUUCCUGACCUGGUCAGUAAAGGUCUGGUCGUCCACAAGGACCAGCGGUCAGGAGAAGCUAAGAACUGAAAUGUAGGGGGCACUUUUUUUUUUUGCAAGACCACGUGUCUUGUUUGAACUGACAGUAGCGGAGGAGUCGCCUGCCGUAUGACGUCAGAGUGGUCUCGAGUGACAGCUGCUCACCAAUAAAAUGUUAAAAAGCAAA